AUGGUGGCGCGGAAAUGGUUCCUGCUCGUGGGCGGGAACGGCAAGGAUCUCACAUCGACGACUUCUGUUGGUGUGGAUGUUGAAGAUGUGGAUACGUUUCGGGAUGCGGUAAAGGAGAAGUUCAGAGACAGUCACCUCGCAGGGAUUGCUGCGUCCGAUCUCACAGUCUUUGCGAACCGGGCGGAGUACGAUGCGAAGCGAAGCGUGCUGCUGCCCCAGUCGGGGUCCCCAGUGACGGCGUAUGGGAAUAAUGAAGAGAAUGCGCUCAUUGUGCAAGUGCCGACGCAGCGUCAAGUGGUGGUGCCGACGGAAUCGCAGAAAUCGUUCGUUUGGAAGGAGCCAAAGUCGUUGGUCGCAACGACUGGUGCGAAUUGGGAUUUCCAGAAUUCAUUGGAUCUCGGCAACCUAGCAUCUGCUAUCGGUCGUCAUUAUCAAGCUUGGAGAGAUGGAAAGACGGACAAGCGAAGUCAUCCGCUAUUCGUGUGCUUAGAUGGCCCCGGAACUGGAAAGUCGAGAUUGCUUGACGAAUUUCCGAAAAUCUUGCAGCAGGAUAUCUUUCGCGAUGAGACACAAGGCGAUCCAGCGAUGAAGCAGCUCUUGCAGACAGCCUACAAUUUCAAGAUCACUUUUGAGAAUGGAACAACCAAGCCAGGUAAUUUUAUUGAUCCGGGCCAGGCAAUUGGAACUCGAAUGCUGUACCAACUGCAGGAUUCAGUCGUCUGGGGGGAAUUUAUGUUGGAUCAUGCGAAUCAUGUUGUCCCUGAACAAGUAUUGUCGAAAUUGUCAGCAAUCACUGGAACGGAUCCGAGCCAAAUGUGCGUGAUUCUCUGUGUCGACAGCUUUGCAAAAGCUUCCGCAUGAAGCAUUAAGCAAAGCGUUCCCGAGUUUUUAUACGGCGUUUGCGUCGCUGUGUGACCUCGUCAAUGCCUCCAAGUGCUGGGUGAUUGUGAUCUGCGCGGCGACUAUUUUACCACCCAGUGCAUGAAUUUCUGGGCCGCUUCCGCCACAAUGGGAGAGAGAUGCUGCAGACGAACAUCAUGGAAGCCGCCCCGAAAGAUCAACGGUAAAAGACGUAUUU